AUGGCACAUAAUCUUAAUACGGUCAUCAAAAAAGGUCUUUAUCUUUGGAUUGAACCAAAACCAGAUGACAUUUUAUUUCCAUCAGCAUUUAAUUUGGACGAAUGGGAAGAUAUUGAUGAUGCUGAUAUUGAUAAUCUAAGUGAAGUUGAUGAAGAUUCAGAUAAUGCAGCUUCAGAUUUAAUUAGCGAAGAAGAAAAAGAAAAUGAAAAAGAAGAAAAUGCUAGUUCAAUCAGUGAAGAUGAUACUGAUGUUAAUGUUAUUGUUUACAAUGAAUCAGAUAGUGAUUGUGAUAUCGAUCGUGAAUUUUCUUCACUUAAAUUAAAUGAGUAUAAUUCACCAUUAAUAGAUCAUUUUAAAUUACUAACUGAUGUAUUUCAAUUAAUGAAAAAAAUUCGAAUUGUAAUUAAAUUUAUUUGUAAUCAUAAUGCUACUAAUAAAUACAUUAAUAAAUAUAUGAUGUCCGUAGAUCCUAAUGAUAAAACUGGCGGUUUUGUUUUGGAUAUGGCAAUUCGUUGGAACAGCUCGUUUUUAUUACUUGAACGAGUAGUAAAGUAUAAAGAUGCUCUUGAUAAUAUGUUUGCUUUUCCAAAUAAUAUAAUCGGAUUAAUAGAAAAACAAAAAAAACGACUUAAAGAAUUACCUCUUAAUCAAGAUGAAUGGGAUUUAUUAACUAUUAUUAAAAACAUUUUGAAACCAUUUUUGAGUUCAACAAUAGUACUUUGUGUUCAAUCACAUCCUACUUUGGCAGCAUCUUAUUAUGUCUAUCAUGAUUUAUCAUUUUUUUUACGACUAACAGCUGAUGAUGGCCCGAUUACUACUGCAUUGAAACAAAGUCUUCGAUUUUGUUUUAAUAUUUUUAUAUAUUAUAAAUUGGUAGGAAUAAAUCGUGAAAAUAUAGCUAAUAAAGAAAACAAUAUACCUAUUGUAGCUGCCUUCUUAGAUCCUGCUGUAUAUAAUGAACUUGAUAAUACUGAUCGUAUGUGUGCCAAAAAACUUAUUUUCCGAAAAUUGGCCAAUGCAUCAAUUCAUCAUAAUACUUUAUCAUCAUCAUCAACACCACAAACAACAACAACCAAAUCAAAUGCAUUUCAAAAAUUAGCAGUUGCUUGUGUUCGUGUAUUACCUUCUUCAAUAUCAGCUACAAAAACAAUGACACUAGAUGAGGAAAUAAGUAAUUACAUUAAGCUAGCAAAAUCCGUCGAUAAUUUUCAAGAAUUCUGGGUAGUAAAUGCUAAGCAAUUACCACGAUUAGCAAAUCUUGUUCGAAGAGUAAACGUAAUUCCAGCUACUGAAGCUUUCUUUAGUAUAGCUAAUUUCAUUCAAAGAAAGCAACGCUCCUCUCUUUCAUUACAAACACUUCGAUAUUUACUUGUUUUAAGAAAACGAACAUUUAAUUGA